AUGGAAUCGACGUUCCGUGAGCGCCGGUCGAUCAAAGAUACGGCUGAGCUCCAGAGGCUCUCAACCAAACCACCCAUAAAUCCUCAUCUCAAACAUGGCGUCCCUAUGCAGAUCCUGCGCUCACUUUUACUGGCAACAUGGUUCAACUGCUGUGUUGUGGUGAUCUGUGCAACGCAGGUAAUUGGCUGCCCGUUAUAUUUCAUCAACAGACGUUAUUAUUAUGCCUAUAUGGCCUAUACAAAACAGUGUUUCGCACUAGCCCUGACCGCCGUCACUGAAUGGAGCUCUCCAACCCUCAUUCGAGUGAGUGGAGAUGCCAGUGUGCGUGGUCAAAUUCAUCUAUCCAAAGAUGGACUGUUACAGACCCGCUUCCCAGAGCGACUCGUCAUGAUUUCGAAUCACCAAGUGUACACCGACUGGGUAUACCUCUGGUGGGUGGCGUACACAAAUUCAAUGCACGGACGGAUCUUCAUUAUACUGAAGGAGUCGUUGAAGUACAUCCCCGUAGUCGGCACCGGGAUGAUGUUCUAUGGCUUCAUCUUCAUGGCUCGCAAGUGGCUGGCAGACAAGCCGAGGCUCCAACAUCGUCUGGAGAAAUUGAAGACCAACUUCACAGGCUCGAAUUCGGCUCGCCCAACGUAUGAUCCCAUGUGGCUUCUGAUCUUUCCUGAGGGAACCAACCUGUCCAUCAAUACCAAGGGGCGCAGUGAUGCGUGGGGCAAAAAGCAGGGUCUGCCUUCAUUCAAACAUGAGAUCCUUCCUCGGUCUACUGGGCUGUUCUUCUGUCUUCAGCAAUUGCGUGGAACCGUCGACUGGGUAUAUGAUUGCACAAUCGCAUAUGAGGGGCCACCGAAGGGAAGCUAUCCGGAUAAAUACUUCACACUCCGUUCCACUUACCUCCAAGGUCGUCCACCAACCUCUGUCAACAUGCAUUGGCGACGAUUCCAGGUCUCCAAAAUUCCCCUGGAAGACCAAAAAGACUUUGAGGCAUGGUUAAUCGAGCGUUGGUCCGAGAAGGACCAGCUCAUGGACGAGUACUUUGAGACAGGCCGCUUCCCCUCGGAGCUGGCAGGUUCAGUCAAGGCUGAUGGCGCAGAAAAGGGCCAACAGAUCGCAGCCGAGGCUGGGUUUGUCGAGUCAUACGCUCGUGUACACCACUGGCGCGAGCUUGGCUUGAUUUUUGUGGUGCUUCUCAGUGUUGCUUGUGUCUGUAAAGUGGUGACUGGCUGGUUACAGUAG